GACACACACGCGCUUACUAAAAAAAAUAAAAAAAGUAACGAAUAAAAAAUACGUACGAACUACAUACGAAAUUUCGAAGACAGUGAUAGUGGUUUAUUGAUUUUUUUUUAAAUAUUGGAUAGUGUUGUUCAGCGUUUGGUUAAGUCGACAGUUUUAGUUAAUGAAUGAAGUGUACUAGGAAGUUACGUCAUGCAUAGUGUUGUGCUUGCUCCUGCGCUCCGAACGGUGGGCGAUUUGUUAACAAUGAGUGCUCAUUAGAGGGGAAAGGAUGUGGCUAAUGGGCGCAGUGUGCGUGCUGUGCACGUUGCUGCACGCAGUGGAUGCCCAGUGGAGGUGUCCGGGCCUCUCUGCUCGACCGGCCGCGGAGUGCUCGUGCGAUCUCCCACACACCCUGCGAUGUGCCGGCGACCAUACCGCUUUACAGAUCAUCGGCCGUCACCUGCGAGAACAAAAAGCUAGGAAUAAGAACACAGCAGUAUCACUCCUGGAUUGUGCGCUCCGAGGAGUAUCAGUGCUGUCCUCCUCAUCAGUGUCAGAACUGGCUGGAGUUGGGCUGCAUGGGCUGGUGAUAUCUUCUGGAGAUAUUAGGAGAGUACAGCAAGGAGCGUUUAGUACUGUCGCUGGUAGUCUGUUUGCUUUGGGUCUUCCAAAUAACCAAUUGUCAGUGGUACCAACUGAAGCAUUGACCAGACUAUGGAACCUCGAUCGCUUAGAUUUAUCAAAUAACAAAAUACACACAUUAGACGCUAAUUCAUUUAAGGGUGUCAAGAAUUUGACAUAUUUGGAUCUAAGUGAUAAUCAGUUGACUGAUAUAUUGGAAGGAGCAUUUGUACCGCUGGUAAAACUCAGUGUUUUGAGGCUAAGAGGGAAUCUACUGAAAGUACCAACCCUGGUUACAUUGAAGGAGGCUCACAUGUUAAGGGAUCUAGAUUUAUCCAGCAAUGCACUGGAAGGACCUCUGGGUCCAUCCACAGUGCCCACACUGACGGCCCUCAAUACGCUUCAGUUAUCAGAUAAUACUUUUGCAAGCAUACGACGAGGCGCUUUGUCGGGUCUUACAAACUUAACUCAUUUGAAGUUGCACAACAACCAGAUAGACGUACUGGAGGACUAUGCGUUCAAACACAUCGCCAACUUGACGCACCUGGAUUUGUCUCACAAUGAGAUCGUGGCUGUUUCGGGAGCAUCUCUAGCACAGCUAACGAACUUGAUACACCUGGACCUAUCCCACAACUUCCUCCGUUCCCUCUCUGCUGAGCCUCUGAAGUCUCUUCGACAACUGACCGAGUUACUACUCCAUGAUAACGAUAUCUCGAUGAUAGAUGACGAGGCUUUGGCGCUGCACAAGGAUCUGGGCCGGUUCACCAUCGAAGAUAAUCCCCUUAAUUGCGAUUGCCUAAUGGCCGGAUUCGCAAGGUGGUUGAGGGAGGCAAAAAACCUGCCCCAAACAGAUAAAUCUGCUGCCGUGUGUGCUACCCCGCCGCAUUUAGAAGGCGCUCUACUAUCUAGAUUGUCGAAAAACAAACUAUGUGACGACGAGCAUGCAGACAAACAGAAAGACACGAAUUAUGAUCUUAACAAAGUACCGCGUGGCGAAGUACUAGCUAAUUCUAUCGUGGAUGAUUAUAAAGUUACUGUUGAUGAUAAAGCUGAUGUCUAUGUUGAUAAGCAAGAAGGUUUAGAUGAUGAUUUGUACGAUGAAGAGUUGGAUAUGCCUGAUGAAGAGGAUCUGCCGAUAUCUGAUGCUAAGGUACAUUUAAUAGACGCAUGGUACGAUGACGAAGAAGUCCAUUUAUCCUGGGUAGUGGAUCCUCUAUCAGCUAACCGGUAUAGAUGUACUGGAGUAACGGCUUCGAGAGCUGGUGGUCUACCAAAGCAUGUAGCCUGUCAUAGAGCUACUCCAUCCAAUGUGGUGCUUCGAGGACUGAAGAUUGAUGCUGUUGAUCCUUACACGUUCUGUAUAGCAUUGGAAGAAAUGGACAGUUCUGACGUGCCUCUCUCCUUGGUAUUGGGUUGCGGUGCCCCAAUGCAAGUGAGACAGCGAGCCACAUUUGCUACGGUCGUCCCUAUAGUCGUCACUCGAGCCCCUGACAGUAAUCCUUUAAGGGUUUCGGAAGUCCGAUCAAACGUAACGAGUGAAGGAGUCCUAACAGUUCUCAUAUCAGUGUUGGGUCUUUCGCAAAGACCACAAUACGUCUUACCUCGCUCCCAAAGACUAUCAAAUGACGUUCGACCAAUCAACAACUGCUACAUCGUCUUGGCUGUUCUAUCAAGAGGCUCAUUAGUCGCCCAGAAGGAUACUCCAUGCCAAUCUACCCUCGAAAUAUCCAUGGAAGGCUUCAUCAGAGGACCUUAUGAAGUAUUUACGUUAUGCGAGGUAACCCGUGAACUACUGAAGAAUAAAUCAUUUGACAGGACUUUUGUUAGCAAUUGGGUAUGCCUAAUAGAACAGGAGAGUGGGAGAAACACUUCAGCUUUAACCGUAAAGAGUCCUAGAAGACAGUACUAUGGAUUGUUCCAAAUAGGAAAGGAAUGGUGCAAAGAAGGCAGUAAAGGUGGGAAGUGCAACAUUGCUUGCGAAGCUCUACGAGAUGAAAACAUAAUGGACGAUAGUGUCUGCGCAUUGCAGGUGUUCGAACAGGAAGGAUUCAAGUACUGGACGAAAUGGGCAGCCAGGUGCAAGGGGCAAUCGUUGCCUGAUAUUGAAAAGUGUCCAGAUUGGGUGCACCCACCAGAAUUAAGAGGCAAGAGAAGUAUCAGACCAGAAGAUUUAGAAGAAGAUUCUGAUUAAUGAGCUAAUCUUUUUAGACUGUGGUUCUUAAAGUAGUUUGUUAAUAUAGACUGUGUGUGUAUUUAGUUUGAAUGGUAUAGAAAGGUAGGCGUCCACAGGCCCGCAUCGUACGCAUCGUAUGUAUGCCGUAAGACGUCAUCAGUAUGCAUCGCAAGUAAGCAUUGCUGAUGAUGCGGUCCGUACGAUGCGAUGGACGCAGUUGUAUGAGUAAAACUAAAAUGCGUUGCGUGUGAAGCGUGCGAUGCGUACGAUGCGGGCCUAUGGACGCCUACCUUUCUAUACCAUUCAAACUAAAUACACACACAGUCUAUAUUAACAAACUACUUUAAGAACCACAGUCGUACCUUAAGUAUGAAAGGCCCGUACAAUCCGUACAUGUAUAAUUUGUUUGAAAUAUUGUUAUGUGAGGAUGUGUGUAUGUGAGUGACUGCACAAAUUAAUCAAUUAAGAUCUUGCCACAAAUAAAAAAAAAAUAUAGAUAGAUAGGCUCAUAGGUUUACCCUAGAGUUGAAGUUGAACAAAAUAAACUGUAUUUGUAAUAGAACUUUUAUAUUCGUGAUGUGAGUACAGGUUUUUGUAAAUUGUUAUUCAUUUAAAUAAACUACGUUUUAAACAAAUUAA